AUGUCCUCAUUUAAACGUAUAACUCGCAGUUCGACGCGUCCCAAACACGAUGACGCAGACACUGAAAAUGACAAUGAAAACGACCACAUGUCUGAGGAUGAGAAUCCUGAAGACAACGAAGAUGAAGGAGAGUUGUAUCAGAGUGAAGGGGAAGACGGUGAGGAACUAGAAGUUGACGAAGAAGACAAUGAAGAAGUCGACGAGGAGUUAACAAAGCCGUCCAAGAAACCAACGCCAAAGCAACGCGCCGAGAAGACGAUGACCAAAAAGGAAAUGAAAACGUUGUAUCGCACUCGUGAAGAAGUUAUACAGUACCGCGACACCCCGACGUUCAGGAGGAGUGUCAUCGGCUUCUUUGUGAAAGUAGUUUCUGGUAAAGACGAGUACAUUGCACAAGUCAAAGACGUCACGUUGUCCGACAAAGUCAUUAAGAUAACGGGUGCGCUGAGGUCGCCGUUUACUCUUACUGUGGAGAGUCCGAGUUACACUGGGAGUCGAAUGGUUACACUAGCUGAGAUAUCAAACACGAGUUUUUCUAAUAGCAACUAUGACACUUAUAUCAAAGACGCAACAAAUAACAACUUCAAUAUACUCAAAUCAAAGGACGCGAGAGUACAAGCAAGAAUUCUACAGACACUAGAGGAAUAUAAACCGACAGAAGAGGAGGAAAAAGAGGCGCAAAUAGUGUCACAUAUGGUUUACGGGACGAAGAUAGAGGCCGAGGACGUGAAACUGAAGAAGGGGAAAGAUAACGAAGAAGAGACUGUUGGAGAGAAGAGUGCGAAGACGAACGCAAUGGAAAUAGAGGAGCCCGAGAGAAAAGAUUUGUACGAGUGCAAAAUUAACGAGGAGAUCAUUCGGGAGAUGGAGGAAUCAAUCAAAAUGUGCAACGAGAUGGAGAACCAUAUGAUAUAUGAUGAAAAAGAACAUGACAAAGUGGUCGACGUGUGUAAUGACUUCUUUAAAACGUUUAAAAUGCCAGAAACCCCCAUUUUGUACCAACAACAAGUUGUGGUGAGUUGUGAAAAGGAUCCUAAGAGUGGGAUGACUGAGGAUGUACUCAACAAAUAUCUGUAA